AGCUCGGCUCUCCGGAAGAUGAUUCGGUAGCCGGCCAUUCAAACGUGGACUCUGGAUAACAGCAGAAGGGCGUGCAGCGGGAGAUGCUGAGGGACUGAGUGCAGGCGCCGCCGGCGGUGGCCGAGUGUCCUCUUUAUAAAGCUCCUGGUUUCAAAGCUUUCGCCCAUAGGGCCUGUUUACGGUCUUGAUGAUAAGUGUUUCAAGUUCUGGGUUAUGCUUCUGCCCCAUGGCUUUCCCCCGAGCCUCCUUAUGAUAUCAUCUGAUCACAAGUUAUCUAACUUCAAAUCCAGCUGGUUUCUGUCUCCCAGUAUGGAAGAGCCCACCACCGUGUUUUCUGAUGAGGACCCUGUGGACAACUUCUCUUCCAUGGAUUAUGAAAGAAUCCAGCUAGAAGAUCCAGAUUAUGAGGUAGCAGGUCUUUCCCUGGGAUGUGAGGAAACCAGUUCCCUAGGACACUGCUGUUCACCAAAAGAAGAAGAAGUGAAUAAUGAGAAAAUGAAGAAGACAGCCACUAAAAACACCAUCCAGGCCUUUCAUCUUCGGAAGAGCUUAAACCUCCUAGACAAACUGCACGAGGAAAAGGACCUUUUUAUCCACAAGACCAGAGGAGAGCUGCGCGUCUGCCGUCAGAGGAUGGACCUCCUUAUCAAACAGCAGGAGAGCUUGGCAGCUGAGAUGGCCACACAGAAAGAAGCCAACAACAUGGCUGCUUUGGGCCGUCUCCAGGCUGCAUCUAGACGUCUGAACACAGAGCUAGAGAAUGAGAAAGACCUGCAGUCCAAAAUCACAGCCAUGCUGAAGGACAGCGAGAAUGCCAUGUGGCACCUUGAGUUGCAGGAGGGGCAGUUUGAGGAUGUCAGGAAGCAUAACGAAGAAGCAGCGGAAGCUAGGCAAAGGUGCCUCGAGGUACACGCAGCUCAGCUACUUCAAAAGGAGAAAGAAACCUUGGAGAAGGUAAAGAGGAACCAUCUGCUGAGGGUCCGGAAAUCCUUGCAUGUACAAAAGGAGCUUGGGCUGAGACAUCAGAAAAUGUUGGAGGAUGCCCAAAGAAACCACAGAAUCGCAGUAAAGUUCCUGAAGGCCUCUCUGGGAAGGGUUCGUGAGCAGGAGCAGAAGGAGAGGAUGGAGUCCCGCAAGCACAUGAAACAGCGAAUGGAUGCUGUGCUGGCACUGAAGAACAACAUCACCGCCAGCCGGGAAACCCUGAAGAAGUUCCAGGUAUGGAGCCAGAACAGGGCGGCCCUGGCUGAGAAGAAGGCCCUUACGGAGAAGGAGGCGAUCCUGGCCCAGGGUGGAGAUGCAUUCAAGCACCUCAUCCAUCAGCGCAGGCACCAGGAGCUGGAGGCCCAGAAGCGGGCUUUUGAAGAGGAGCAGAAACUUCGGAAGCAGGAAAUUGUAAGUCGGAUUUUGAAAGAGGAAGCUGAGGAAGAGCACAGGAAGAAGAAGCAGCAUCCACCCGCUAAAUCCACAGACGGACAGACUCUGAGGGACAAAACCUGGAAGUACAUCUCCGACUUUUGUGAAGGGAAGACUGCCCCAACCACCAGCUGCCUGCCAGAAAGUGAGAUGGCGGUACCCAAGCCUUCCAAUCUAGUGAAAGUCAUAUCCAGCGAGUCCGUUCAGGGGGACCUGGGAAUCAUUAACACAGAGGACGAGAUACUGGCUGAACCAGACAUCCCAGGGCUUUGGACCAAAGACUACAAGUUAUACCAGGUGGCCAAGGAGGACAUGGACCGAAAACCUGUGGGUGGAACUAAGAUGGACAAGGACAUCCUGGCUCAGACUCUGGAGAAGCUGCGCAGCGGGGUGGUCCACAAGCAGGUGGUAUCUGGGCGAGAGUUCAAGGGCCGCCCAUUCAACAGCAAGCCCGACGUCAUUCACUUCAAGGACUUUGAUAUUGGCAAAGUAUAUAAGAAGAAGAUCACGCUGAUAAAUGCUACCUACACAAUCAACUAUUGCAAGCUGGUGGGUGUGGAGGAGUACCUGAAGGACUUCAUCCACAUUGACUUUGACCCCCCUGGUCCCAUGUCAGCCGGUAUGUCCUGUGAAGUUCUUGUCACCUUCAAACCUAUGAUAAAUAAAGAUCUGGAAGGAAAUGUUUCAUUUUUGGCUCAGACUGGCGAAUUUUCUAUUCCACUGAAAUGUUCAACAAAAAAAUGUUCUCUGUCCCUCGACAAGGAGCUCAUUGACUUUGGGAGCUACGUCGUGGGUGAGACCACAUCCAGGAUCAUCACACUGUCCAAUGUUGGGGGCCUGGGCACCAGGUUCAAGUUUCUCCUCGAUUCUGAGUUAUUUGACAUGGAUGAGUCCCAACCAGUUAAGAAUAUAAGCAGCGUGUUCACCUACGAGGAGAGAAGUCUCUACGAGAAGAUUAUUCACAGUAUCUCUGAGCAGCAGUUUGACAUUGACGGGUCUUCCCUAAUGGACAUGCAGAGCCGUAAAGAGUCGGAGAGAGUAGAUGAAACAGAGAUUACAGCUGUGUCCAGUGUCAUGACCACGAUUCCCAAAGAGGAGCAGGCAGAGAUCACACUGGGGAAGAUAAGAGAGGGGGAACUCGGCCCCUUCAGCUCCAUCAAAGUACCCAUUAUCUUCAGCCCAGUUAUCCCAGGAGAGGUCCAGACGAAGUUCAAGGUCAUAUUUAAGAAUUCACAGUGUCCAACGUUAUAUUUCAGAGCCACUGGCAUUGCCAUAGAUGUGCCAGUCUGGGUGCCCAGGACCACUGUGGACCUGAAGAUCUGCAUGUAUGACCGACUGUACCAGGACUCCAUCACUGUCCACACGAGGUCAAAAGCAGCCCUGCGCCUGAGGUUUGAAGUCUGUAAGGAGCUGCGCGGCCACAUAGAGCUUCUACCAGAAACAGGCUACAUCCAGGCCUUGUCCACCUACUCAGUUCAGCUCAAGUUCCUGCCGAGACACUCCCUCCCAGAAGAUGCAGGGAAGCAUUUCGACCGGGACAGUCGGGUUCUGGAGGCGCCGAUGACGAUCUGGGUGGCUGACCAGAUCAAACCAGUGGGCUUCACUGUCCAAGCCAUCGUAACCACCUCAGACUUGGAACUCUGCCCCUCGGAGAUAAACUUUGGCUACUGCACCAUCUAUGAAGCUAUCAGGACACAGAUCAGCCUCAGCAACCUCUCGUUGUUGCCCCAGGAGUUUGGGUUUGUUGGCCUUCCCAAGUAUGUGGACAUCCAGCCCAAUGAUGGGUUUGGGACGAUCUUGCCCCUGGAAACUUUGCAACUUGAUGUGAUCUUCCAGCCAAUUAAGGCUAAGGAGUACAAAUUUGAGCUGCUUUGCAAAUCCGAGAUAAAUCGGUGCUUCAAGCUGUCUUGCCAAGCAGUGGGUGUGCACCCACCCCUGGCCCUGUCCCACUACCAGAUCAAGUUUUCAGCCACGACCCUGUAUGGCACCAGCGUGUCCACGCUGUACGUGAUCAACUCCCACUUGAGCAUGAACAAGAUGGCCCUCUCCCUGCCUCGGAUCGGCUCUGGGGAAGUCUCCCCAGUGGGACCAACAUCCUUUGAGUUCCUGUUGCCCCCUAACUCACCCAUCAGCAUCUCCCCAUCCGUGGGGACUGUGCUUCCAGGAAAGAGGUGUUUGGUCCAAGUGGCCUUCCAGCCUGUACUGCCACACGAGAUAAUCCUCGAGGAAGCCAUUCAGAUCCUGAACAAGGAAGUAGAAACCAAGACGUUCCAGAAGGAACCAGCCCAAAGGAAAGAACCGUGGAAACAGUCCUUGUCUGGGAUGCGGGUUCACAACCGGGAGCGGCCAACCCGGAUCUCUGCUCCCCACAGUCCAGAGGUGCAGAAGCCAGUGGUGCUCAGUGCCAGUUCCAAUGAGUACCAAAGUGCCCAGGCCCUCUUGUCCAGAGCCUUCCAGGGCAAGUUUGAGAGGUUUGUGGUCCCCUGCGUGGUUGCCAGUGGCGACAUCAAAGACAGGAAAGCAUCAGAACCACUGAGCUUCAGCCCUCAUAAUACUCUCUAUCUGGAGCUGUGGUGUCCAGCCGUGGCUCCAUCCAUUGUGGUGAUAUCCAACAAAGGCAGGACCGUCUUCAACUUCGGUGAGAUCGCUGUGGGGCAUCGGAGCAUAAAGAGGAUCACCUUCCAGAACAUUUCCCCUGAGGACCUCAAAUUGGAGUUCUCGGUGCUGAACCCCAACGGCCCUUUCGUUCUGAUGAACCCCUCCAGGAAGCUGUGCUCGGGCGACAAACAGACGCUGGUGGUCUCCUUCUCACCCCAUGAGAGCAUACUGGCUCAGGAGACAUUGGACAUCAUCACCAAGAGAGGCACUAUCACCCUCACCCUCAUGGGCACAGGCGUGGCCUCCAUGAUUACAUGCUCCAUUGAAGGCAGUGUCCUCAACAUGGGAUAUGUGCUUGCCAGAGAGUCUGUGUCAACAAACUUUAAGCUACAGAAUGAAUCCACACUUCCCAUUAAGUUCUGGGUUCGGCUGGAGAGCCUCUCCAAAAAAAGGGCCGAGACCCUGCAGCAGCUGCCAAAGUUCCUUACCUCCUCUGAGCAGAGGAAUGAAAUUGUUGGCACACAGAACCACAAUGGCCAGAGCGUAUUCAGUGUUGUGCCUGUCGAGGGCCUCAUGUUCCCUGGGAAGGCUCAAGAAUUUACCGUAACCUUCAGUCCAGACCAUGAGAGCCUCUACUUCUCUGACCUGCUUCAAGUGGUGCUCUUUGAAAAGAAAAUCUCCCACCAGAUCCUCCUAAAAGGCGCCGCCCGUGAGCACAUGAUGUUUGUAGAAGGCGGAGACCCCCUGGAUGUUCCUGUGGAGUCCCUGACAGUGAUCCCUACCCUUGACCCAGAGCACAGAGAAGAAGCUGAGGAGAUGAAACCCAUUCUAGUGACCUUGAACUAUGUCCAGUUUGACACAGACACGCCAGCCACACCUGCCACCCGAGAACUACAAGUGGGCUGUAUCCGGACCACCCAGCCGUCACUAAGGAAGUACGUGGAGUUCAGCCUGGACAGUGUGACAUUGCUUCAGCACAAGGGCUUCUCCAUCGAGCCCUCCAGGGGUUCUGUGGAACGCGGCCAGACUAAGGCCAUCAGCAUCUCCUGGGUGCCGCCUGACGACUUUGACGUGACGCUGGGUUCCGCAGAUGGCGACUGUGACCCUUCGGAUCAGUGCCCGCCCCAGGCCCGCUGGAGCAGCCUAUGGCAUGUGGGGCUCAUCCUGCUUGCCAUACUCCUGGUGCUGUUGUGUGGAGUCACGGCCAGUUGUGUGCGGCUCUGCUGCCUCAGGAAGCAGCCCCACACCCAAACACACGGGCCGUCAGCAUGGCAGUCCUGUGACCUGACGGUCGUCCCUGUGGACAGUGACAGCCCUGCACACAGCACUGUGACUUCCUACAGUUCCGUGCAGUACCCACUGGGCAUGCGCUUGCCCCUGUCUUUUGGGGAACCAGACCCUGACUCUGUGGCCCCUCCCACCUACAGCCUGUGUGCCUCUGAGCUGCCCCCCUCCUAUGAGGAGGCUGUGAAGAUGAUAAAAGCCAGAGAGGAAGCAGCGGCUCCCUCCCAGAAAACCAACUCUCUGCCUGAGCCCUUGGGGCUGGAGACCACCAGAGGGCCUCAGGAGUCAGGCCCCAGUGCCCAGCAGCCCUAGCUGUGCCCCUUUGUAAAGGGCGGGGGUUCUUUUUCUAGAGCCAUUAACCCAUAGCCUGGAUUCCUGGCACCUAGGACCAAGGAACCUCACCUGUACCAUCCUUCCCCUGGGAAGGCCAGCCAGCCAGCACAUUGCUGCAGACUCAUUGCUAUGCAAUGCCCAGCCAGCCAUCCUGCCCUGUAUUGGCCCCUCCUCUUCUUCACUCCUCCCACCCAGCCGGGCCCAGCAGACCCUCAGUCCAGAGGAGCCUGAAUCUGGGGCGCUAAAGCCCCACUGGGAUGUCAGACCUUUGAGGGGAAAAUAAAGUUUAUGUGAACAUGG